GCAGAUGAAUGGUCACUCAUUCCGAAGAAUGGCAAAACUGACAAGUCCAGAAGUAAAAGUGAACGUUACAUUGUGAUGAUUGAUGACAUUUUUGGCCUGACAAACUUUUCACAAUCACAUUUUGCCGAUUGGACAAGGAAGUUUGAUAUAAUGUGGCCAUCUAUUGAAUCUGGCCACAUCUUUCUGAUCUUAACAUCCAGAUCUGAAAUCACCGCACAGUGUCAGUACCGACUAAACAAACACAAUCUCAUGACAAAGAUCUGUCAUUUUCUCAUUGAUGACGGUGAGUAUACUCUUCAGAAUAAGGAAAAAGAAAAAAUGUUGAAAGUUAUUUGUCAUGGCAAAUUUUCUGAAAAAGAAGUAGAAGAAAUUGUCAAAAUGAAAACAGCCCUUGGGUUCCCACAGGUUUGCACUUUCUUUGCCAGAAGCAGGGAAGUGCAAAAGAAGGGGUUAAGCUUUUUCAAGAAACCCAAUGAGUGCGUCCUAGAGGAAGUUGAUGCCCUCAAGGAAAGUGAUGGUUUGAGUUACCUGGUUCUUUUGCUGGUAUUGAUGAGUGAUGGGCAUCUUAAUGCAACCUCUCUUGAUCAAAGAAAAUGUACAUCUGAAUUUAAAGAAAUGGUUGAGAUGUUGAAAGAAUAUUGCCCAAAUCUACCCACACGUCCAAGAUUAUUUGACAUCAAAACAAAAGCAGAUUCACUCUGUGGUGUUUAUUUAAAGCAAGGCCAGAAAGGAUAUGCUUUUCAGCAUCAGUCUAUAUAUGAGUCUGUUUUGAUCAGCUUCUCAGAGCAGUGUCCCAGCUCUUGCAUCAGAACAUUGCCAAGUGAUGUCCUUGGAGAAGUGGUAAGAACCGAAAGACUGGAUGGAGAGAUAAAUAUUGUCUUGAUACCUGAGGAAAAUUAUGAUGUAUUUGCUGACCGCAUCACAGAGUUGCUUUUGUCAGCUGAACCUGAGAGCAGUGGAAUGAUAGUGGGACAUCCUUCACUCAAGCACAAGGAAUUUCUAUCAUUCUUGGUGCAAAGAUGGGCGAAAAAGGGGAAACUGACAAGCAUUAUGCAGAGAAAAUAUUUUGAUGAAUUGUCUUCAUAUAUCCGUGAAGAUGAGAAGAUUAGGUUUUUCAAAUAUGAAUAUUUAUUGAGUAAAUUUGUAAUGGAAAGUAAUCAUCAUCUGGUACAAGUUGUUGUAAAUUCGAUUCCAUCGCCUGAAAAAUUCAAAGACACAAUACAGGAAUGUUUGCCUUGUGCAAUUUAUGUUGGAAGUAACAAUUUUGUCAAAUGGCUUCUUGAUCAUGGUGCUGAGUCAAACGAGAAUUGUUUUAUAGCUCUAUUCAUGAAUUCUAGCCAGAGUCUUAAGAACGACCUCGUUGAUAGAAUCUUUAACGGUUUUAUUACUGCUUACGUGAGGGAAAAAAGACUACGCUACAGUCCAGAAUUAGGAAAAGGAUGUGCAAUUGGUCAAAACAUGGCAGAAAUCUUACUGUAUGCAGUACACAUGGGAAACACACACAUAGUCCAGUUGACAGUGCACAUGUUAAAACACAAGGACGAUUAA